AUGUUAUUAAAACAAAUUGAAGAUCUUAAGAAAUUAACUCCACAAUUAAUUCAAGCAAUGAAACCAUUAUUAGAAAAUCCAAAUGAUGAAGCAGCCAAGAGACAUUUGAAUAAUGUUAUUUUCGCCACACAAAAAGGUUCAGAAGCUCUUACUACCGCUGUUGUCUCAAAUCCAGCUGAAAUUGUUGCUGCAUCUGGUGUUUCAUUGGCUAAUAAAGAUUAA